AUGAAAUUAUCGCAAUCUGUCUUAAUUUCAUUGAUCGGUAGUAUAGCCACUGCGUCCGCUGCUGACUCCGAUGUACGUGUUGAGAAAAGAAUGGUCCAAUAUGUUACCAAGGUUACCACCGUGCAGAUACCAUUGGCAGACUAUUUAGCAGGUAAAAAGACUGCUCAACAAGCUGCCACUACCCAAGCCGCAACGACUGCUGCUGCUGUUGCUGCAAGUACCCAAUCUAAGAGCAAAGGGGGUUUGCUUGGGUUCUUAGAAGGUUUAUUUGAUAAUGACGAUAGCCAAAGUUCUACUUCUACCACCUCAUCAGCAAAUAAUGGAGGUGGUUUAUUCGGAAGUCCAACUACUACAUCAGCAGUAGGCACUAAUGUUGUGGGAACUAGUACCUUAUCUACUGCAAGUUCCUCAUCCGAUUCUCCCUUAUUUCCAAUUUUUACUGCAUCAAGUUCGUCAGAUAUUACAUCUCCUAGCUCGAGCUCUGACUCAGGUUCAGAUUCAGAAGGUUCGUUUGCAAAUAAUAUAGCAGCUGCUAAAGGUGCUAAAGGUAUUACCUAUUCACCAUAUACCAAAAGUGGUUCUUGUAAAACUGCUAGCGAGGUUAAAAGCGAUAUUGCAAAAUUAUCAAGUUUUUCAUUAAUCAGAUUAUACAGUACUGACUGUAAUGGAAUUGAAAAUAUAUUAGCUUCAAUGACCUCCUCACAAGAAUUAUUCUUAGGAAUUUACGAAAUUGAUACCAAUACCAUUACCAGCGGCUUAGAAACCAUAAAAAGUGCCGUCGAGGCCACAACUCGUGGUUGGUCUGCUGUUCAUACCAUUUCUAUCGGUAACGAAAGAGUGAACGACGGAAAAUCGUCGGUAUCAGACCUUGCAACUGCCAUUAAAACUGCCAGAAGUUGGUUAUCAACUAAUGCUUCAGACUACACUGGAUAUGUUGUAACUGUUGAUACGUUAGUUGCAACUGUCAGCAACCCUGGGUUAUGUAAGAUUUCUGAUUACCUUGCAGUUAAUGCACAUCCAUAUUGGGAUGGGGGUGUUGUUCCUUCCAACUCCGGUUCGUGGUUACAACAACAGAUCUCUAACUUAGAGAGCGCAUGUGGUUCAAGCAACAUUUUAAUUACUGAAACAGGCUGGCCAACUCAAGGUAAUACCUAUGGUUCAUGUGUGCCUUCUAUUUCUAACCAGCUUGCUGCUAUCAAAAGUAUCAUGAGCAAGUUUUCUGACCAAGUAUUCAUGUUCACCAUGUAUAAUGACUACUGGAAAGACCCAGGUUCCGAAAAUGUGGAACAGCAUUGGGGUAUCUUCGGUGAUCCUUCCGCAUAG